AUGCAGGCGGGCGUCGACGUGGUCGUGCUGGUGGGUGUCCGCCUCGUCUGGCCGGAGGGCUGUGGCUCCGGGGGCAAGGAUGGUCCUCUGUGCUGAAUUCGCAGAGGCGCUUUUUGGGAAGGGCCGGCUCCCCCUCCGCCAGCACCCCGGUUUUGCACCUGGAAAAUAAAACGAGUACAGUGGCGCCUUGGUUCUCAAACGCCUUGGAGCGCAAACACUGCAAACCCGGAAGUCAGUGUUCCAGUUUGCGAACUUUAUUUGGAAGCUGAGCAUGCUCCAUUUUGAGUGCCGCACUUAGAUUUUGAGUCGAAACAAAACAAAACAAAUAAAAUUAAAUUAAAAAAUUCCUUCCAACAGCACCUUAGAGACAAACUAAGUUAGUUUUUGGUAUGAGCUUUCGUGUGCAUGCACACUUCUUCAGAUAAUUUCCAUUUUGAGUGUUACGCUGAGGUCUGGCUCUUUUUGCUAUUUAUUUUGCGUUUUUUGUCUUUGCGGCUCUUUUUUGUUUCGUUUCUGCGACUGUGUGGAACCCAGUUCAGCUCCUGACGGACUGACUGUGUGACUGCAAUACAUUGUUUAUUGCUUUCAUUUUAUGGAUCAAUGGUCUUGUUAGAUAGUAAAAUUCAUGUUCAACGGCUGUUUUGGGGUUGUUUCUAAAAGUCUGGAACGGAUUAAUCCAUUUUGCAUUGCUUCCUAUGGGAAAGCGCGCCUUGGUUUUGGAACCCUUUGGUUUUCGAAAGGACUUCCAGAACGGAUUACCAUAUAUACUCGAGUAUAAGCCGACCCGAAUAUAAGCCGGGGCACCUAAUUUUAGCACAAAAAACCUGGGGAAAUUAUUGGCUCGAGUAUAAGCCGGUUCACCACACCACAAACCUGGUGGUGGCGGCAAAGGUGGCGGAGGAGGAAGGAGCAGCUUGAAAGGGCUCCUUUUGGGCUGCUCGUCUCUCUGCCACCGCCUCUGCCACUCGCAAGAGCAGGCAUAGGAGCACUGCGCCUCUCCCAACCGCGGCUCCUGUGCCUGCUGCCCUUGCGAGAGGCAGGUGGCGGGACCAGUGGCUCCUUUCUCGUCGCUCGUCCCUCCGCCGCCACCCGCCUCACUUGAGUAUAAGCCGAGGGGGGCUUUUUCAGCAUAAAAUAUGCUGGAAAAUUUGGCUUAUACUCGAGUAUAUACAGUGGUGCCUCGCAAGACAAAAUUAAUCCGUUCCGCGAGUGUCUUCGUCUAGCGGUUUUUUCGUCUUGCGAAGCAACCCUAUUAGCGGCUUAGCGGAUUAGCGCUAUUAGCGGUUUAGCGGCUAUUAAAGGCUUAGCGGCUUAGCGGCUUAGCUGCUAAAAGGCUAUUAGCGGCUUAGCGGCUUAGCACAAGGGGGGGGGAGCAAAAAAAUAUAUCUCAAGGCUCGCAAGACAUUUUCGUCUUGCGAAGCAAGCCCAUAGGGAAAUUCGUCCUGCGAAGCAGCUCAAAAAUGGAAAACCCUUUCGUCUAGUGGGUUUUCCGUCUUGCGAGGCAUUCGUCUUGCGGGGCACCACUGUACAGUAAUUUUGAGAACCAAGGUACUUCUGUAGCUGCCUUUGCAAAUUGGUGGCAGCCUAUGAAAUGUUAAUUACAUGCACCUCCCAGGAGCUUGGGGGGGUGGGCCUGAUUCUGCCCUUCUCCCAUUCAACCCCCACCACAACCCUGCGAGGUGGGCUGGGCGGAGGAAGGGAGCGCCUGGCCUCCGAGGCCCAGUGGGGAUUCGGACCCUCGUAGAAUCCUAGAACGGUAGAGUUUGGAGGGACCCCCAAAGGCCAUCUAGACCAACCCCCCUGCAAUGCGGGAAUGUUAACAGGCUCCUCUCUUCUCUUUCCUUCCCUCCCCCCCCCCCAACUACCAAAAAAAGGACUCAUCUCAGGGAAACUCCGUCUAUCAGAUUGGCAUGAUCCACUACAUCAAACACAAAUACCCGGAUCUCCAGGUCAUUGGGGGCAAUGGUGAGUAUCUGGAUGGCCUUGGCAGGGGGACAGGAUCCCCCCCCCCCAGAACACUGUUCUCCCCCCCCCCCUUGGGGUGGUUGGGUGGGGAGCUUCAGCCGAGGUAAUGAAGCCUGUUUUGUUUUGCUCAUUGGGUCAAAUUUACAGAGGGGCGGGGGAAAUAAAGGAGGAAAUCGGUGAAACAGAGAGGUUCACCUGCAGCCCUGUUUACUCGCGAGUAAGCCCCAGGGACUUCAGUGGGGUUUGCUUCUGAAAAUAAGGAUAAUAAUUUUAUUUUUAUUUUUUAUGGUUAUACAUUCAGAUACAUAUUUUUUCCUUUUUUCCCUUUUUUCCCCCAAAAUCAGUAAAACUUUAUUCUAUUUCCAUUCUUCGCCGUUAACAGAGAAAUUGGAGAAAGCAGUGUUUGUUUUACAAAGACAAUGCGUCUCCCAGAGGAGAAAAACCCUAACUUGAGAAUAGAGGUAACAUGGAGGGAAAACCACAAUACUGCCCUCAAUUCAAAGAAAAUAACUCCUCAUCUUUUUGGUUACCUAGAGCAAUCAUUAUAUUUUUUCAUUCUUUAGCAUACCUUCCAAGUUAUACAAUAUAUAAUAUAAGCAUCUCUUUUUAAUUACAUGUUUUUACCUUAUUCCUACCCCUAUGAUUUCCCUCCACCUUAGCUCAGCUAAAGUAUUAUAAAUAUUGUUUCCAUAUCCCUCCUUAACCAUCUUUCCAUAUUUUAUCCUUAACUUUACAAACUUCAGUCAACACAUAUUGCUACUAUGGUUUCUGAACGACAUUUCGUCAUACAUUCUUCCACACAUUCCCAUUCUUUCUUCAGUGUCAGGUCCGAUUGGAAUCUGAUAGCUGCUAGAAUACCAAUAGCUAAAAAUGGGAAAGGGGACGUUGUCCCCUCAGUAGCGGAGCAGCAAAACGAACCUUGUGAAUUUAUAGAGUUGGCCAUAUGUUUAUUAUUCCUAUUCCCUAGCCGCUUCUGAGUAGACCUGCAAGCGUAGAGCUGGACAGGGACACUCCAAAGGCCAUCUAGCCCACCCCCCCCAGCCGGCCAGGUAUUUCACAGGUGCCUUUGCUUUCUCCCCUAUUGGAUGCACAGUGGUGACAGCAGCGCAGGCCAAGAACCUCAUCGACGCUGGCGUGGACGCCCUCCGGGUGGGCAUGGGCUGUGGCUCCAUCUGCAUCACACAGGAAGGUGAGUCCCGGCUGGGAGCGGGUUCGAAGGUUACCGAGAGAGGGAGGGAAGCUCCCAAAUGCUGCGCUCUUUGAAAAUAUAUAUACUGUAUUUUUCGCUCUAUAAGACGCACCUUUUCCCUCCUAAACAGUAAGGGGAAAUGUGUGUGCGUCUUAUGGAGCGAAUGCAGGCUGCGCAGCUAUCCCAGAAGCCAGAACAGCAAGAGGGAUUGCUGCGCAGUGAUCCCUCUUGCUGUUCUGGCUUCUGGGAUCAAGAAUAUAUUUUUUCUUGUUUUCCUCCUCCAAAAACUAGGUGCGUCUUAUGGUCUGGUGCGUCUUAUAGAGCGAAAAAUACUAUCUUAGCUAGCUAUAGUUACAAUUUUGUCAUCACCACAGCCAUUUUAUUUCUAAUGUUUAAUAUUUAAUAUUAACAUUUAAUGCUGUACUGUUUUAACACUUGAUUGGGAGCCGCCCAGAGUGGCUGGGGAAACUCAGCCAGAUGGGCGGGGUAUGAAUAAUAAAUUAUUAUUAUUAUUAUUAUUAUUAUUAUUAUUAUUAUUUAUUAUAUUGCUUCAAAAAAACCAAAAUAUAAUAUACCGUAUUUUUUGCACCAUAACACUCACUUUUUUCCCCCUAGAAAGUAAGGGGACAGGUCUGUGCGUGUUAGGGAGGGAAUGCCUUCGGGUGGCGGGGGGGGUCUGCUGCAGUCGUGAGCAGAGGAUCCAUGGUUCCGCUUCCUUCCCUCCUCCGUGGUUACAAAGCAUGGAUCCACAUGGAUCCUCAGGAUUUUUGCAUUGGGCUACUCCAAACUCACUGUCAGAUCACAUGUCUGCGGCCACAGCAUGAACCACAAAAAUCAUACAUCCGCUGUUUCGUUUAGAAUAUUUUUUUUCUUGUUUUCCUCCUCUAAAAACUAUGUGCGUGUUAUGGUCUGGUGCGUGUUAUAGAGCGAAAAAUACGGUAGAUCCCCAAACCACCCCCCACCAUGACUUCCUUUUCUGGGUUUUGGGCAUAUUAUCUCUCCCUGCUUAUUGGUUAUUUCAUAUUCUUUAAUUUUUUUUUUAAAAAAAAUUAUUAUUCUCCUAUCCUUUUAACGUGGUGUUUCUAUUUCUGCAUUUGUUUUGUUAAUUGCAAGUGUUUAAUCAAACCCCGCAAGCGAGUCCAUUUCUUUACGUUGAUUCUGCAGAUAGGACAUAAACGGUUCCCAGUCUUUCUUAAACUCUCUGUUGUCUUUGUCUCAAGCCUUCCAGUCAUUUGCCAUUUCCGCGUAUUAUUCCAUCGCUUUCCCCUGCCAUUCCUCUUUGGUUGGUAUUUCAGCGCUCUUCCAUCUUUGCGCUGGCAAGAUCCUAGCCGCAGUUGUAGCAUAUACCAGCUAGACUGGUGAAUGGGAGCGGCCACCAAGACCAUAUAACACCGGUCUUGAAAGACUUACAUUGGCUCCCAGUAAGUUUCCAAGCACAAUUCAAAGUGUUGAUGCUGACCUUGAAAGCCCUAAAUGGCCUCAAGGACCCAGUAGACCUGAAGGAGAGUCUCCACUUCCAUCAUUCUUCCCGGACACUGAGGUCCAGCGCUGAGGGCCUUCUGGCGGUUCCCUCCCUGCAAGAAGCCAAGUUACAGGGAACCAGGCAGAGGGCCUUCUCGGUGGUGGCACUCGCCCUGUGGAACACCCUCCCAGCAGAUGUCAAAGAGUAAAACAACUACCAAACUUUUAGAAGACAUCUGAAGGCUGGAAGCCCUGUUCAGGGAAGCUUUUAAUGUUAUUGUAUUUUAGUGUUCUGUUGGAAGCCGCCCAGAGUGGCUGGGGAAACCCAGCCAGAUGGACGGGGUAUAAAUAAAUUAUUAUUAUUAUUAUUAUUAUAUAUUAUUAUUAUUAUUACAUGAGCGGUUUUUCCUCCAGCUGGACCCUUUCUUCAUAGCUCCAUCCUGUAAGCCCCAGAUCCUAUUUCCGUUCCCAGGGUAAGGCAAUAAAAAGAGGCCACCUCUGAGCAUAUACAGAGGGCAGUUCCUUCAAGGCCAAGCAGCCUCCUGGGAUUUGGGGAGUCUCAGAUGUUUCCCUUCCUGCUUCUCCCUUCCGCAUAACCUGAGCUUGCUUCUUUCCUUCUCCCUCCCCGCCCCCUUCCCUUUCGUGUCGUGUCUCGGAAACAAUACAACUAAAUCACUAUUUAAACCGCACACCCUGGCAGCUCAGAAUUUCGGGGUUCUCCGGGAGGCUGGCCCCCUGGCAGUGACGGCCCCUCUUCCUUUUCUCUCUCCUGGCCAGUGAUGGCGUGCGGCCGGCCCCAGGGGACAGCGGUCUAUAAAGUAGCCGAGUACGCCCGCAGGUUCGGCGUACCGGUCAUUGCCGACGGCGGGAUCCAAACCGUGGGCCACGUGGUCAAGGCGCUUUCUUUGGGAGCCUCGACAGGUGAGCUGGGAAUCCUGUCGCCAUCACCAUCAUCAUUAAUAACAUUAUUAUUAUUAUUAUUAUAUAAUAAUAAUAAUAAUAAAAUGCAUGCUGGUGGUCUCCUCCUCCUCUGGCUGAGCAGCUAAGCAGGGAAGGAGUUGACGCCUCGCUCUGUGUCUCCGUCGCUGAUGCUUGUUGAUUUUUUAUUUUUAACAAUUCAUAAUAGAAAACUUGAUGUAAAUGGGAAAAAGAGGCAAAAACAGCUACAGAAGAGAAAGGGAAAGAGAAGAGAAGGAAGCAGGAAAGGAAAAAGAAGUCGUUAAAAAGAGGACUUCUGAUUUUCCAUCUGCCGGUUGUUUAAGACAUUCAGUCUAUGACAACAUUCAUCUUCUCUGCUAUCUGUUAAUUGAUUUUUCUUUUACGUCCAGGUGUCUCAAAGGCAUUCAUUUCCUUUUCUCAUGGAAAAUCCAAGAGGGGUUCCCAAAUUAGGUUUAUUCUCGACAAAUGUCAGGCAUGUUUUUUCUUUAAUGUCCCCUUGGUCCCAGUGAUUCCUACCCCCAGGCCUCCAGAUUGGGAAUUCGUAAAUUCUCCCGUCCGUGUUAAAGUCUCUCCACUGCGUAUCCCCAGAAUAUUCCGUCGUUCUUUUCUUGUUCUGUAUCCUUGAAUCUGUGCCAUAGCUGUCAAUGUUUUCCCUUUUUUAAAGGGAAAUUCCCUUAUUCCGAAUAGGAUUCCUCGCAAGGAAGGGGAAAAGUUGACAGCUAUGAUCCGUGCCCUUCUCAGUCUAUUCCAUUUCCAGUCCCUGUUGCAUUCCCAUCUCCCCUGGAGGUUUUUGAGCAUGGACGGCCAUCUGUCAUGGAUGCACUAGCUGAGAAGGGGGUCAGAAUGGAUGACCUAGGGCAGCAGUGCCCACCAGUUUCUCCAGUCCUCUUCCCCAGCCGUCCGGGUUGGUGUCCCCCAGCUCCACCCUGCGCUUGGGCUCCCCCCAUGCGCUCUGGCCCUGAUCCCCCUUUCUCCCUCUCCCCCAGUGAUGAUGGGCUCCCUGCUGGCUGCCACCACGGAGGCCCCCGGCGAAUACUUCUUUUCGGACGGGGUCCGGCUGAAGAAGUACCGGGGGAUGGGCUCCCUCGACGCCAUGGAGAAGAACAGCAGCAGCCAGAAGCGCUACUUCAGGUACGGAGCGGGGCACCUGGGACAAGGGGCGGGCCGGGGGCGCACUCCUUCCUUGGCUUUGCGCAGGCCGGACGCGGGCGCAUGCAAAGGGGUAGCAGCUUUGCAACACAUCAUUGGACAUUACAUACCCUUUGAAUUCUGGUUCAGCUCAUCGUACUUUUUAUACCUUACUAAUCUAUACGCAAGGGACGCGGGUGGCGCUGUGGUCUAUACCACUGAGCCUAGGGCUUACCAAUCAGAAGCUCGGCGGUUCGAAUCCCGCAAUGACGGAGUGAGCUCCCGUUGCUCGGUCCCUGCUCCUGCCAACCUAGCAGUUCAAAAGCAUGUCAAAGUGCAAGUAGAUAAAUAGGUACCGCUCCGGCAGGAAGGUAAAUGGUGUUUCCAUGCGCUGCUCUGGUUCGCCAGAAGUGGCUUAGUCAUGCUGGCCACAUGACCCGGAAGCUGUGUGCCUGCUCCCUCGGCCAAUAAAGCAAGAUGAGCGCCGCAACCCCAGAGUUGGCCACGACUGGACCUAAUGGUCAGGGGUCCCUUUACCUUUAAUCUAUAUGCACUUCGUUAUUUAUUAUUCUUUUCUGUUACUUAUCAAUAUUUUUUUUUGCUUUUAUAAUUUCCUUAAACUUCAAGAUUCAAUCCAAAUCUGUCAGGAGAUUUGUGUUAUCACAGUGCUUUCAAAUAUAUUCUUUGAAUAUUGUCCAAUCUUUACUGGCUUUCUGGUUAGAGUUUCCUCUUAGUCUCCCAGUCCUCUUUGCAAGUUCUAAAUAUUCUAUCAUCUUCGCUUGCCAGUCCGUUUUUGUGAGGAUUAAGUCGCCUUCCCAGUUUUUUUGCUAAUCCUUGCCCCUGCGGGUGCAUACAUGAAAAGGGUAGCUUUUUUUGUAUAUCAAUGGGCAUCAUGCCUAACGAAAAGGCUUCAGGUUUUGUUUUUUUAAAACGAGAAUUUAAAGAUCUUUUUGAGUUCAUUAUAAAUUAUGUCCCCAAAUUUUUGUAUAAGAAUUAGUACAGAAGAGACCUCCCAGCAUUCUCACAGGCCCAUAUAAGAUCAGCGUACACAGUUGGGCAUGAAGAGUAUUUACUACUGUCCCCAACCCAACUCCUGCGGAAAGCCAUCGAAAUCAGAUUUUAAUUCUGUCCUGAAUUGUUUCUAAGAGGUGAUUUAAUUAUUGUUUGAUUUUAUAUCAAUGUUUAUAUUGGAUGUUAGCCGCCCUGAGCCUAUUCUUGGCCGGGGAGGUCCAGAUACAAAUAAAAGUUAUUAUUAUUUUUAUUAUUAUAUUUGUAUAUACUGCCCCAUCCCCACAGGUCUCAGGGCAGCUAUAAUGGCCGCCAGGGUGGCGUUGUGAUGUGUUUGGGGUUUCCUUCCUGCAUAACGCUUGGAUUUGGCUAAAACCCGUGAUACACAGAAGGGGGCAAGGCAAGGCUGCCCCCCCUUGACUUUGGCCCUGGAAGGGCUGCUCAGAGAUCUUAGCAGAGAACGAUGGAAAUAAGGAUUUAAUCAGAGACGUACAAACUAAGGGUGUUUGCUGGCAAUUCGGUGUCAGUUAUGGAAAACCCACCACGAGGAGCAGGAGUCCUUAUCGAUAAAUUAAACACUAUAGUGGAACCUCUACUUAACGGACGUACUCCGUUCCGGAGCUCCGUCUGUAAGUCAAUCCGGGUCGAGGCAGAAGCUCUGUUGUGUGCUGGCGCAUUCGGCAGCAGCGCGCUUCUGCGCAUGCACGAAUUGCAGCAAACCCGGUAUUUACUUCCGUGUUUGCCGCGGUCGCAACUUGGAUCAGGCCCAAGUAGAGGCGGUCAUAAGUAGAGGCUCUACUGUACAGUCAGACCUCGGGUUACAAACGCUUCAGGUUGCGUGUUUGUGGUGGCACACCACGCCAAACCCGGAAGUACCGGAAUGGGUUACUUCCGGGUUUCGGUGCUCACGCAUGCGCAGAAGCACUAAAUCACGGUUUGCGCAUGUGCAGAAGCGCUGAAUCUCAACCUGCGCGUGCGCAGGCAUGCCACUGCAGGUUGUGAACGUGCCUCCCGCACGGAUCAUGUUCGCAAGAAGAUUGGAAAAAAUUUAAAGUAUAUCUUCAAAAAUAUUGUAAUAUUAAAGACUGUUAGAAAGAUGUUGGGAAAAGAAAAUUAGGUAGUUUUGGUAGAUAUGAUAUAAAGGAUUAAGCAAAAAUGAGUUGAUGAAAUUGAUGAAAGAGAGGAUGUUAAAUUAUAAUACUUUAAAUUAAACUACGUAAAUGAAAAUAAGGUUGGAAGGAUUUGCUGAAAAAACGAUCUGAACUAGAAUACAAAAUUGGGAGGUGAGAGGAGGUCAAGGAAAUAAGUAAAGGAAAAAAGUUAUGUAACGGUUUAAUCUGUUCUUGUUCUAUUUCAAUUGAAUGUAUUUUUAUACCUUCUUCUUUUUUUUCUUUUCUUUUUUCUCUCUCUCUCUGUUAUUGUUAUAUUCUUUUUUGUAUUUUGUAUUGUUCUUUUUUCUUUUUGUAACUUUAAACUUUGAAUAAAUAUUAUUAUUUAAAAAAAGGAUCAUGUUCGCAACCUGAGUGUCCACUGUACUUAGCAAUUGAUAGGUAUUUUUAUUCUUCCAAUUUUUUUUUGUUUUGCUGUUUUCUUUUCUUCUUUUCUUUUUCUCUCACUUUUCUCUCUUUUUCUCUUUUCUUUCUCUUUCUCCCUCCCUCUCUCCUUUUCUCUCUCUCUCUCUCUUCAUUUAUUCUCUCCAAUGUUACCAUAUUUAUAUUCAUAUUUAUAUAGUUAGCUUAGAUCUUACAACAAUUUUAUUAUGUGCAUUGUAGUCAUUAUUCCAAUCUAAGAAUAUGCCAUGUCAGACAAGCUCAUUUUUUCCCCUUUGAUUCCUGCUCCACCCCUUGUAUGUACAGAAAUUGGGGGGGGGGGGAGAGGAAAAAAAAAGAGUUUGGUACGUUAGCAGGUUUUCAGAUUAGCCAUCAGAAGGUUUGAUGGAUGGGAAGAGAGAAUGUGGUUUGGCAGAAGCCAGGGGUGAACUGGGGCUCCGGAGACGGGGACAGGUGACCCACGCAGCGUCUUCUCCUUCCUUUUCAGCGAGGGAGACAAAGUCAAGGUGGCGCAAGGCGUCUCGGGCUCCAUCCAGGACAAGGGCUCCAUCCAGAAGUUCGUGCCCUACCUGAUCGCUGGCAUCCAGCACGGCUGCCAAGACAUUGGCGCAAAGAGCCUCUCCAUCCUGCGGUGAGUCCCUGGGGUGCCCUCUCUCUCCUCGCAGGGGGGUCCGGGACAAGGGCCGGAUUGAGGUUGGAUGCGGCCCUCAGCUCCUGAAGGUAACAGGGCCCUUUCCAUGUCCAGCUGUCCUUUGUCCACAACAAAUGGACCCUGUUUUCUGUGUCAAAUAAAUGCAAUACAGUAUGUUCAUUGAUGGACCUCGUAGGUAUCUCAAGCCAUUGGCACAUCACAGAAUAGGUAUUUUAUCAAAGUAAUUGUUGAACUGAAAUACAAUUAAGAAGUAUACUAAUAGUGAAAUACAAUUAAGAAGAAGUACAGUGGUACCUCAGGUUACAGACGCUUCAGGUUAUGCGAUUUCGGGUUGCACACCGCGCUGAACCUGGAAGUACCAGAAUGGGUUACUUCUGGGUUUUGGCGCAUGCGCAGAAGCGCUAAAUUGUGCUUUGCACAUGUACCAAAGCACCGAAUAGCGACCCAUGCGUGCGCAGACGUGGCACUGCAGGUUGCGAACGCUGCGGGUUGCGAACGUGCCUCCUGCACGGAUCACGUUCCCUACCCGAGGUUCCACUGUAUAUUAAUCGUGCAAUGAUUAUUGAACUCUAACUUAAAAUGAUUUUUUAUUCAUAAUGAACUUAACAAUGCAAACGCAUUAGCAUUGGGCAAUGACAAAAGUUCCUUUAGAAACACAGUUUGCAAAGACUCAUAAUCUAGUCUCUAGAAACUUGCUAUAAAGUGAAGUAAUAAUAGCAAACCAGGGAUAUUUUAGGGAGCAGGCUAGCAGGCAAGGCCCAUGACUUACAUCAUAGGAGCCGGCACAACAGGAAACACUGUCACUGUAUGUAGAUUUGAUUUUAUUAGCUUUUUUAUCUUAUAUUUUGGAAAUCUACUUCCAGUUGUUUUCCUUUAAUUUUUUUGGGGGCCCCCAAGAGAGUGGGGCCCUAAGCUACAGCUUGUUUAGCUCAUACGUAAAUCUGCCACUGUGCGGGACGCAGACUUUUGGAAGGGGGGCCUGGCGCCGAUUCGUCUCCCCGCAGCCCCCUGCGUUGCAGUUGCCGCUCCUUCAGAAGUGGGGGGGAUGUGCUAGCGGCCACUGAUCGCCUUCGUACCCCAUAAAUUAGUCCAGUCUUCUUUUAAAACCACCCAGGUUUCUGGCCGUCGCUGCCUCCUGCAGCAGGGAGUUCCACAGUCUAGCUCUGUGCUGUAAGGGGAGAGGUGGCCCUUCUCCCUUAUUCUGGCACGGGAAACUUGGAGGAGGGGUUUGACCAGGAGGGUGAAAGGGGAUCCCAGGCCCCUUGUUGUGGGGUGGCUGCUCAAGCGCCGUAGGGAGAGCGCCUUCUGCCUGCUGGCAGGCUUCCCUUGAAAUCUCACAAUGUUUUGGCAAAGUUAUUUUCCUUUCCGCGCAGAAGGUGGGCGGAAGGUGGGAAUAAACGGCAGCUUUUUCUCAGCUGCCAACGCCAACCCAGCUGUCUCCCGUGCGACUCAGAGGAAACUACGUCAAAUGGUUUUCCGCUGGAGAGGCAGCUUACGAGCCGCUUCUGCGUUUUUCUCCCUUUUAAAAUCGCACCCGAGUCCUAGCUAUUUCGGUUUGGUUAUUUAUAGAUGGUUUUCCUUCCUUCCUUCCUUCCAACUGGAUUUCCAAGAGAAGAAAAAUCCCACAAAAUAUCCCUUAAGCCAGGCCUACGCAAACUCUGGCCUUGCAGAUGUUUUGAGACUACAAUUCCCAUCAUCCCUGACCACUGGUCCUGUUAGCUAGGGAUGAUGGGAAUUGUAGUUCCAAAACAUCUGGAGGGCCGGAGCUUGUCUAUGCCUGCCUUAAGCCAACUCUGCCAAAAAGAGAACAACCGUCCUGGAGACAUUGAAGGGGGGUUCGACUAGAUGACCCUCGGGUCCCUUUCGUCUGCGAUUCUAUGAUGCUGUUAAGAGAGGGGCCCUGGUGAGCCCCCUGGGUGCUGGAGAUUUUGCUGGAUCAGGCCCGUCUCGUCCAGCAUACUGUUCCCGCAGCGGCUGACCGGAUGCCCCAAAUGGAAAACCCGCCAGCAGGAUUCGAACACAAAGCCUCUGAGGGUCAGAACGCGAGAGGGUCUUCAAAAGUCUCCAGGGCUGGCGGCCGGUCUGUCACAGAUGGACCAGGCUGUCUCUUUUAGUUUUCCAAAUUGUCUUGGGGCCACAGUUCCCAGCAUCCCUGACCACUGGUCCUAGAGAUGAUGGGAGCUGCUGGAGAUCCGAGUUUCGGGUACCCUGGCUUGAAGGAAAGGCGAGCAUAACAGCUGCUUCUAAAAUGAUGGAGGCCCUUCUCCGCGGAACUGCGGAACUCCCUGCCACUGGAGGAAAGGGUGAUCGAUGACUUCUAGCAAGGCUGGCUCUGCCCUGCCUCCGUGGUUAAAGACGGGGCGGUUUGGCUGUCGGGCUUUGACCAGGUGGGUCCAGGGAGUGACUGAGGCUUCCUGUUGGUGGGGGAAGUGCCGCCAAAUGGUUAGAGCUGUUGGACAGUAGAAGAGGGACUGAGCUGGAGCGGUUGGGGGAGUGCACGGCAGCCUCCUCUUCACUGGGGCUGGCCAGGGACACCGCCGUCGCAUCCUGAGCAGGGGUGGGGUGGACUAGAUGCCCCCUGGAGACCCCCCUUCCGCCUCAGACGCUUAGCCGGCGGCAUCUCCUUUGCAGGUCCAUGAUGUACUCCGGUGAACUGAAGUUUGAGAAGCGGACGAUGUCGGCCCAGAUCGAGGGGGGCGUCCACGGCCUGCACUCGUGAGUAACCCCCUUCCGCCCCCCUGAAAAUCCAUCGCCAUCUGGGCCCCCCUUUCUGCUUUCCCCGGUGCUGCCCUCGCCUCCGUUCCUGCUCUCAAACCUCCUUCCUGCCUGAGCACAGACCCCCCCAGGCAUCUCCUGCCCCCCACCCCCCUUUUCAAGGGCUUGUCUAGGGAGAGAAGGGGGCCACCCCACUGCCUGCCCCUGGCUUCCUGGAGGGCGGCCUCAGAGAGAGAGGCAGCUGCUCCCCCAGCUUCUCGGAAGGUGGGUGUUCAUUUUUUUGGGGGGUUCAUUUCCUCCCUCCAACCUCUUCCUGCGUUGCAGCGGGUUGGACUAGAUGCCCUUCAGGUGUCCAGGGCCAAAGCCGUCUAGGGCUUUCAAGGUCAGCCCCCCCCCCACUUUGAAUCAUGCUUGGAAACAUACUGGGAGCCGAUGAAAAUCCAUUAUGUGGUCCCAACUAUACAGUGGUCCCUUGGUUCUCGGACGGCUUAGUAGUCAAACAACUUGGAACCCGAACACUGCAAACCCGGAAGUAAAUGUUCCGGUUUGCAAACCUUUUUUGGAAACCAGACGUGCUCCAUCUGGAGUGCCAUGCUCAGGUCUAUUUUAGCUCUUUAUUUUGCGUUUUUGUUUCAGCGGCUUUUUCGUUUUGUUUUUGCAACUGUGUGGAACCCAGUCCAGCUCCUGAUGGAUUGAUUGUGUGACUGCAGUACAUUGUUUGUUGCUCUUGUUUUAUUGAUCAAUGGUCUCAUUAGAUAUAAUAAUAAUAAUAAUAAUAAUACAUAAUAAUAAUAAUUUAUUAUUUAUACCCCACCCAUCUGGCUGGUUCUCCCCAGCCACUCUGGGCGACUCCCAACAGAAUAUUAAAAACACAAUAAAACAGCAGACAUUAAAAACUUCCCUGAACAGGGCUGCCUUCGGAUGUCUUCUAAAAGUCUGAUAGUUGUUUUUCUCUUUGACAUCUGGUGGGAGGGCGUUCCACAGGGCGGGCGCCACCACCGAGAAGGCCCUCUGCCUGGUUCCCUGUAACUUGGCUUCUCGCAGGGAGGGAACCGCCAGAUGGCCCUCGGAGCUGGACCUCAGUGUCCGGGCUGAACAAUAGGGGUGGAGAUAGUAAAAUUCAUGUUCAAUGGCUGUUUUGAGGGAUGUUUUUAAAAGUCUGGAACGGAUUAAUCCGUUUUGCAUGACUUUCUAUGGGAAAGUGUGCCUUGCUUUUGGAACACUUCAGUUUCACAACAGACUUCCGGAACGGAUUAAGUUUGAGAACCAAGGAACCACUGUAUUGUAGAGCUGGAAUGGAUCCCAAGGGUCUUCUGGCCCAAGAAGCGCAGGGGGCCAUCCUGCGGCCGUUUGAGCCAGGCUCCACCACCCAUCUAGGCAGGCCCAGAGACUGAGAGCCCAAGGAGGGCAUCCUUUUCUCCCUGGGGCCGACCAGAUGCCCAGUGGGAAACUGGCAAGCAGAACUCGAGCCCAAGAGCACUUUCCCCCUUCAGUUUCCUGGGACCCAGGAGCAGGGCUGCCUCUCAUCCGUAUAUGGAUUUGUCCAAUAGUUUAAUGCCAUCGCGGUCUCCUGUGGCAGGGAGUUCCGCAGGUCGGCUCUGCAGUGUGCGAAGGGUUUUCUGCGAUCUGCCCUGAACCUUCCUACAAGAUCGGGGACAGGUUGGUUCCUUGGAGGUGUGGGGGUCCCCCAGGAUCAAACUCUGCCCGCACAGAAGCGAAUCUGGGGCCAAGGCCAACCCCAUCUUCCAACCCCCCACUCCCACUGCAGUGAUGAGGACAGGAGGCAUCUUUGGGGGGGGUGUCUCAGGCUAGGAAAGUGAGGCACCCGCUUGCUUCAUGGGUUUAGCGUAAGGGUGGUGGCUGCUCACAGACCCCCCAAAGUAGCCUUUUUCCUGGCAGUUCCUGGAACCAGCUGCAUAGCUGGGUCCCUCAAUCGCGGAAGGACCCCCCCUGACCCCACCAAAAAAGACCUGCUCUGUGUCUUUUUCUCUGCAAGAGUUCUCUUGCUGCUGUGCUAUUUGCCCCGCAAACCCAAGAAGGCUGGGCCAGUUUAAUAUGGACAGUGACUGAGCUGGGAAUUUGGGGGGGCGGUCGCCUCCAAAGUCUGGUUUUUUUAAUGGGGUGAAAUUCGCAGAGCCCUGGAUGCAUUGGCUUUCUGGUUUGGGACUCCUCAGGUUUCUAGUCCUGGUGAGAAGUUUGGGGGGCAACCGAGGCCAGAAUCACGGGGGAAGUGGUGGCCGACCUUCUCCCUGCCCCUUGGACGCCCCCCCCCAGUUCCCCACCCCCCACCCCUCUCCUCUUCCAGUCCCACGGACCUUGCCAGCAACCCUUUGGGAAAGCACAGAACUAAGAGAGUCGUGCAACUUCAUGGAAUCAUCCCCCAAAACGAGAAGCCUUUUUCAUGAGUCUGGCCGGCAGACAGCUCUUUUUUUUUUUGUGCUCCUUUUUUUUUAAAAAAAAUUAUUUAUAAAAUUUUCAAAUAUAACAAUAAAAGAAAAACAUUCAAUUUGAAUUAUACAUCCAAUGCUAAUCUUUCCACUUUCAGACUUCCUUCAGUCUAUCUGCAAAUUUUCAUAUUUUCACAGUUAUUCACAUUUCUUGCAUCUGUAUUGUUUUUGUUUUUUGUUUUGUUUUUAACCAAAUUAAUCUUAGCAAUUAUUAUAAAACAAUAUUUCUUUCCAUUAUUAUCACAAAGCUUCUUGAAAACCUACAAACGUUAAUUGACCUUCACAUAUAUUUUUAAUAUACUUUGUAAAUUUAUUCCAGUCCUCGGUAAAUCUCUGGUCUCGCCGGUUCCGAAUUCUCCCCGUCAGCUUGUCUAAUUCUGCGUAUUCCAUCAACUUCAUUCUCCAUUCUUCUUUCGUCGGGAUUUCUUCCUGUUUCCAAUUUUGUGCCACCAAAAUUCUUGCCGCUGUUACUGCAUAUAAAAACAACUUCUCAUCCUUCUUUUUUAUGUCAUUUCUUAGUAUUCCUAACAGAAAAGUUUCUGGUUUUUUAACAAAGGUAUAUUUCAACAUUUUUUUCAAUUCAUUAUAAAUCAUUUCCCAGAAACCUUUCAUUUUUUUACAUUCCCACCACAUAUGAUAGAAUGUUCCUUCUUUCUCCUGACAUUUCCAACAUUUAUUACUAACUUUAUACAUCUUUCCAAGUUUUACUGGUAUAAGAUACCAUCUGUAUAACAUUUUCAUAACAUUUUCUUUUAUUGUAGUACAUGCAGUAAAUUUCAUUCCUUCUUUCCACAAUCUUAUCCAAUCAUCAAAUUGAAUAUUAUAACCAAAGUCUUUGGCCCACUGAAUCAUUGCAACUUUAACCUCUUCAUCCUUAGUAUGCCACUCAAGUAAUAAUUUAUACAUUUUUGAUAAAAUUUUAACAUCAUUAUUCACAAUUUCUUUUUGAAAUCUAGAUUUUUCAUCUUGAAAACCUCUUUCUAGCAUCUCUUUUUUAAACAUUGCAUUCACUUGGAAGUAGUGUAACCAAUCAAACACAUAUUCUUUAACUUCAUCGUAUGGCUUCAAUUUCCAUUUAUUUCCUUCUUUUAUAAUUAAAUUCUCAUAUGUAAUCCAACUCCCCGUCAUAUUGAUCUUCUUAACACUCAUUACCUCCAAUGGCGACAGCCAGAAUGGAGUUUUAAACUCUAAUAAAUUUUUGUACCUAUUCCAUACUUCAAUCAGCGGACCUCGGAAAAUGUGAUUUUCAAAACCUUUAUGCACUCUUUUUUCCUCAUACCAUAAAUAUGCGUGCCAACCAAAUCUAUUAUCAUAUCCUUCUAAAUCCAAGAGUUCUGAAUUUUCCAACUUUAUCCAUUCUUUCACCCAGCAAAGACAUGCAGCCUCGAAAUAUAACUUUAGGUCUGGCAGGGCAAAGCCUCCUCUGUCUUUUGCAUCCGUUAAAAUCUUAAAUUUUAUUCUAGGCUUCUUGCCCUGCCAGACAUAUCUUGAUAAUGCUCUUUGCCAUUCUUUAAAUAUUGUAACACCUUUAAUUAUUGGUAUUGAUUGAAAUAAAAACAACAUUUUUGGUUGCACAUUCAUUUUUACCGUUGCAAUUCUUCCCCAAAAUGACAACUUCAUUCUUCCCCACACUUCCAGGUCCUUCCUAAUCUUGUUCCAGACUGGUACAUAAUUAUUUUGAAAAAGAUCAAUACACUUGGGAGUUAAUAUAAUCCCAAGAUAUUUAACUUUCUUAACCACUUCCAUAUCUGUUUGUUGCUGAAUUCUUUCUGUUAUCUCUUGGUCCAUAUUUUUAACCAUUAUUUUCGUUUUAUUCUUAUUUAAUUUGAAUCCGGCAACUUGUCCGAAUUGCUCUAUCUCUUCUAACACUUCCUUAACACUUUUAAUAGGGUCUUCUAUUGUUAUAACCAAAUCAUCAGCGAAGGCUUUUACCUUAUAUUCCUUACAACCAACUGUCACACCUUUUAUCAAGUCAUUACUUCUUAACGCUCUCAACAAGACUUCCAGGACCGAUAUGAAUAACAAUGGUGAUAAGGGACACCCUUGUCUUGUACCCUUGGUUAUAGCAAUAUCAUCUGUCAGUACAUUAUUAACAAUUAAUUUUGCUCUUUGUUCAGAAUAUAUUGCCUUUACACCAUUCACAAAUGAAUGACCCAUCUCCAUAAAUUCCAGAUUCUUUAACAUAAAUUCCCAAGAAAUAUUAUCAAAUGCCUUUUCCGCAUCAACAAAUAUCAACAUCGCUUGCUUAUCUUUCUUAUUAGUCAGAUAUUCUAUUAUAUUUAUUAUGUUUCUUAUAUUGUCUUUCAUCUGCCUCCCAGGCAGGAAUCCUGUUUGGUCCUUAUGGAUCAAUUCCUUUAAUAUCUUUUUCAUUCUGUUUGCCAAGAUGUUAGCAAAUAUUUUAUCGUCAUUGUUCAAUAGCGAAAUUGGCCUAUAGUUUUUAACUUGAGUUAAAUCUGAAUCCUGCUUGGGAAUUAAUGUUAUAUAUGCUUCUUUCCAUGUCUCUGGUAUUUGUCCUUCUUUCAGAAUGUUGUUCUUAACUUCUACCAACGGUACAAGUAAAAUGUCUUUCAUUUCUUUAUAAUAUCUUGCACCAAAUCCAUCCGGUCCCGGAGUCUUCCCACUUUUUAAUUCUUUUAUAGCCGUUUUAACUUCUUCUAUUCCAAUUGGUUCAUUCAAUUUAUUUUUAUUUGUCACUGGAAUUUUUUGCACCCCUUUCUUCUUUAAAUAGUCUUCUAUCAUCUUUAGAAGCUCUUUUUUCCGAGGGUGGGCUGGGGGUCAUUUUGCUGGGCCCUUCCGCUGGUGGCCCCCUUGCCAGAGAGAGGCAAAGGUCUGAACCCGACUUGGAGUGGGGCAGCCUCACGGUUGCCAGUCCAACUCCUGGCGCAUCCCGGGCCGGGCACCCCACGCUCCAUGCUCUCUAAAGUGCGGCGUGGCCACAUUUUAUGUGAGAGGUUCAGUUUCUAGGGUUCCAUGUGUACCCCAAAAUUGAAGAGCGGGGGGAGAGAGAGAGAAAAUCCCCCGCACUCCCAGAGCCCACACGCCAAGGGUCUUUGCCAGGCAAGCAAGGCAGGCAGCUGAAAAGCUCUUUUUGUGCCAAGUCAGAAAGAGCUUUUGCACACUCUGGCGUGCUUUGGGGCAAGACCCACCGGGCGGCCAGCUCUGGGAGGCCAGGGGCGUUCGUGCGAGUCUCUGCGGGGAUUUCUGUGGCUCUGGGUUUGACUUCGCGCCAGCGCCCCAGAGCCGGCGCGUUGAGCGGGCCGUGCCCUCACCCCCCAAACAAGGCAGAGAGCUUAAAAGCUCUUCAGGUGCUGGGAAAACCUCGAGCGAACCUGGUCCCCCCCCCAAAAAAGAGCCUUUUCACUCUCUGCUAUGCUUGGAUUUCACAUGCGCAAUUUCAGCCUGCCGGCCUUGAACCAUGCGCAGAUGAAACAGCGCAUGUUCAUGUUAAAUGCACAUUGGAUGGGAUGGGAGAGCUUUGGCCCCUCGUUUCCCAGGGUGCAGCUCUACGUAUUCCUGGGGUGCCUCUUCCCCUGCAGGGUUGGGUGGGCAUGGGGGGGUUGUCAGGGAAAGGGGGCGAUGUCCAGCACUUCAACCUUUGCAGCAGAUUCCUGUACACUGGAUGGUUUGGAUUCCUGACUCAGAAGAUCAGAAGAGCCCGCAGGAUCAUGCCCGUGGCCCCUUUACUCUCGCAAAAUUGGGUGCCUGCUUGGGCAGGGGGGCCCUGGGGGCGUAGCAAAGCGUUAGAAACCCCCAGGCUUCCCUCGCCUUCCCUUCCAUCUCAACACCCCCCCCAAAAAAAUUCGGCUUUCCAUUUUGAUCUGAAAUCAAAGGCUUCUGAAAGACGAGGCUGGAUCAGGCCCCAGGGGGCCCAUCUAGUCCAGCCACCUAACCAGGUGCCCCUUGUGGGUAGCCAGCAAGCAGGAUUCGAAUACAAGAGCCGUGGUCUCCCCUCCUCGUUUCCCAGAGCAGCCGGCAUUCAGGAACAUCGCUGCCUCCAACACGGGAGACAAGAGGCUGGUCAUUGCGGCUGGGGGCCAUUGAUUUUGUCUCACCCUCUUUUUAAGCCAUCGUGGCUUGUCGCCACUGUCCUGUGGCAGUGAGUUCCGCAGUUCACCUUCGCACUGUUCCAGCUUUGGAGAGGCGAGAGGGGAAUUCUGGGAUUCCGGCCAAGACCACGUCUCCCUCUUAGGGGGUGUCGGCCGGCAGGGGGCGGCCUCUGCCCGUUCUCUUUCUCCCGGGGCCCUGCCCCCCUGUUCUGCGUCCCCUUUGCGUGUGGGUCGGAAGGCGAGGGUCCGAAGCUUUGCUAGGGCCAUAGAGGGGCCUGGGGGCUCUUGCCUAGUGCUGGCUUGGGAGCAGGACCCCCGGCAGGCGCUGGGGGGCGGUGAUGGGCAGCUGGGGGGCUCCAGGCUUGGUGGCGGCAGCUCUGCGGUGUUUUUGGGGAGGGGGCUGCGCGCCUGUGUGUGUCCUGGGCAGGAACACGUUGACCUUGUGACCUUCUCUCUCUCUCCUGCCCACGCCCAUGGCCGCCUUCCUGUAGUUUUACGUUUCUGCCAUGUAAGUAACUGGGGCGGGGAGUUCCGCAGGUCCGUCCCCACCCCGCGUGUCUUGGAUGUGGGUCAGCUGCUGCAUUCUCCCCCUCCGCUCUCCCCCGGGCACUUCUGGGGGGAUAGUUACAACCGUGGGGGGGGGGACAUCCCCUCUCAACGCCCCCACCUCCCCCACCGCUUUUGCAAGCUUCCCUCUGCUCUCCCCACACCAACCCCCCCCCCAAAAGAAAUGGUGGAUCUGCAAUGAGCGUUGUGAGGCUUCUCUCCCCAGGCCCAGAAAAGCUUCCUUCUCUCUCAGAGCCCCUCACCCCCUUGACCUCCCUGGGCUGUAGGGCAUCGGGGCCCAGGGCCCUUGGGCAGAGUCCGUGGGGCAGGAAGGAGGUUUCCUUUGGGCUUCUCUUGCCCUGACCCGAGUCCCACCUUCGGCCAACAACGUGGUCCGAGGGUCCUGCCCUGGCCAGACCCCACGGUCAGCCUCAGGCAAUCCCGAGCAGAGCUGGGGGGCCCCCUGCCAUGGAUGCUUCAGCUGAGACUCCUGCGUCGCAGGGGGUUGGACUAGAUGGCCUCUGGGGGUCCCUCCCACCCCUGCAACGCUACAUCUCUAUGGCAAGAACGACUAAAUUCCCCACUUUGCAGUGAGCAUGAAUGUGCAAAGCAAGACCUGGGAGUGGGGUCUGCUUUUAGGGCAAGGGCGACCAGGAUGGGCACCCUCUGCCCGCCAACCUUGCCCUUUGCCCCAGGGGUGCUUUGACGACCCAGAGGAGGGGGCGCUGCUGGCUCCCCAAAGGUCUGUGGGGGGCGCAGGUGCUGUCCUGGUCACAUGCACCGCAUGGAGGCCUCAGCUGCCCCCUGGCGCCGCUUGGUGGCAAAGAGGGGUGCAGCUGAGCCCAUGGGGGUGGAAGGUCGGGGUGGGGAAAGGGGGGAGUCCCAGCGCCCGGCCGUUGGCACCCGUCUUCAGCUGGGGGUUCCCUUCCGCCCUCCCCACAUCUGCCUUUCGGGGGUUGGACUGGAUGACCCGUGGGUCCCUUCCAGCUCUGUGGCCCCGAGGCAUCUGGGGCUCCGAUGUUUCCGGCCCCCUUGCCUGCCUGGCUCCCAAGCUUCCCCCCCCCACGCCCCCCCACCCCUCACCGCAUUGCCUGGCUUCCUCCUCCCUCCUUCUCUCAUGCUCCUUUCAUGCCUUGCUGCCUCCCUGGAGUCUAUGAGUGGUCCUCCGUUUGGUGGUAGGGCGCUGGGGGGGGGGUGUCCACUUCCAGUGGGGUGGAGGGGCUUUUUGGGGAGGGAGGGGUCUUCAGGAGAACAAGCAGACUCUGCCAGUCUCCAUGUUCCCUCUCGGGGGUCCUUCUCCCCUGCCCCACCUCGAGGGGCCUGGAGGGGCGUGGGUUAUGGGGCGACUGGCUCGGAAGCCACGCUCUCCAAGCGACCCCCAGCUCCUGGUUUGGGGUCAGGCAGAAUCCAGAUGCCCGAGUGCAGCCGCCCUGUCCUGCAGGGGGCGUCAGAGAGAACGGGGCCUGCCUCGCAGCGGGUUGGGCUAGAUGACCCCAGGCCCCCUUCUGACGCUACUGAUUCCUCCUUUCCCCUCCCUCUGCAGUUACGAGAAGCGGCUGUACUGA